GUGCAAACAUUUAAAUACUCGAUGAAGUAAAUUAUUUUUUUUGAGAUGAAAAUGUUUACCUAAGUACAAUUGGUGAAAGGUUAUUCAAAAAUGUUGGCGGUAAAGAAUUUCUUUAUGCCGGAGAAGAGAGUGGACUCUCCGAGGUUUUCCCGAAUGCCAGAGGCUUUGAUGCGGUCCAUAAGGAGGAGGUCUUUGAGAGUUAAGAGGACUAAAUCAUUAGUUCUAGUGAACGAAAAAAGGAAGUCCGAUUCGUUCGUCAACAGCCAAGAAUGGACGGCAUCACGCGGGGUUACGGAGUUGCGAGUGGGUGUUCUGGGCUCCCCGGACAGUGGCAAGUCAGCUUUGGUGCACAGAUAUCUAACAGGGGCGUACAUGCAGGAAGAAAGUCCAGAAGGCGGCAGAUUCAAGAAGGAGGUGAUAAUCGACGGCCACAGUUACCUGCUCCUCAUACGGGACGAGGGGGGCCCGCCCGAGUUGCAGUUUACUGCGUGGGUGGAUGCCGUAAUCUUCGUGUUCAGCCUAGAGAACGACAUCAGCUACAACACCGUUUCAAAUUACUUCAAUAAGAUGUCCCACUACCGCAAUUCAGCUGAAAUUCCAAUUAUAUUAGUCGGCACACAAGAUGCCAUAAGUGAAAGCAGUCCGCGCCUUGUGGACGACAACCGCGCUCGUAAAUUGUCGAAUGAACUACGAAGGUGUUCUUACUACGAGACGUGUGCAACAUACGGCUUAAACGUCGAACGGGUGUUUCAAGAUGCAUGCCAGAAGAUUGUUGGUACAAGACUAUCAACAUCAUCCCAGUGCCUAUCAGGAGGCUCAAGGCCAGUGACUCCUCAGCCCCUAGCUAAUUCUCCAAGCCACAAUCAUUCCACAUUCCUAUAUAAGGACACCCUCCCACGCGGCCACCACACGUUGUCAGCUUCAUCGCACCACCUCCACCGGGGGGCGUCGUCGUUCGACGCCUCCUCAAACAGCAGCGGCAUAUCCUCCACACACGUCGUAGAGAUACACAGCACCAACGGCUCCGACACGUCUUCACGAUGGGGGAACUCCCUGUGCAGCCACGGCUCCUCGUCCGGCCUGGUCUCCAUAGCAACGGAGAACAACAACGUCAAGUUCACCGCCCCACAUUGUAUGGACAACCUACAAUCUUCGAAGGACGUCAAGGAUCUCCCCACACCCUCAUCCACCCCCACAACCUCUAGGAAGUCGAGAAGAAGAUCAAACCUAUUCACGCCCUCGAAGAAAGGAGAUGAUAGGCUUAAGAAUGGAGAGUUAGGCUCAGGAAGGGCUAUUCCAUUAAAGCAGGGCUAUCUUUAUAAGAAGAGCAGUAAAGCGUUGAAUAAAGAGUGGAAGAAGAAGUACGUCACGCUGUGCGAUGACGGCAGGUUGACUUAUCAUCCUAGUUUACAUGAUUAUAUGGAAGACGUGAACGGCAAAGAGAUAUCGUUGCAGUACGUAACGGUGAAGGUGCCGGGACAGAAGCCGCGAGGCUCAAAGUCCAUCAUCACAACCGUGCCCGGGUACAACGGAUACACUAAUAUGGAUAUACACGACAGCAUCGGAGGCUUAUCUUUAGGUUACAAAGAAAAGCCAACACGAGUGACCGACAAAGCCCUGCUAUCGGCGUUUGAUACGAUGAAGGAGCCGGCGUCAAGUCGGCAGUCAUUGGCUUCGGAAGUGGAAAUCUGUUCUACGAACGGCACGGAUAAAGACACGCUGCAUGAGAAGAAACGGCAUCGGAGGAUGAAGAGUAGCGGUGUCAAGAAAGAUGGGGAUGAAGAUGCGGAAAGCGCUACAUCCUCCGAGUUCACGAUAGUCAGCCUGGACGGUAAGCGGUGGCGGUGGGAGGUCGGCGCGGGGGGCACGCCGGCCGCGUGUGCCGCCGAGCGGGACGCGUGGGUGGCCGCCGUCGAGGCGCAGAUACUGGCUUCACUGCAGGGCCGGACGUCCCGGCAGCCGGCGCCAACGGGCGCUAACUCUACGGGCGACGUGCGCGCCACUUACUACAUACGACGCGUCAAGGGCAACGACAAGUGCUGCGACUGCGGGGCGCAGGACCCAGACUGGGCGAGUUUGAAUCUGGGCGUGUUGAUAUGCAUCGAAUGCUCCGGGAUACAUAGGAACCUCGGCUCGCAUAUAUCCAGGGUGCGGUCUCUGGACUUGGAUGAGUGGCCAUUGGGUCACGUGAGCGUUAUGGUGACGAUGGGCAACGCUCUCGGCAACUCGAUAUGGGAGGCCGACUUGCGGGGACACAUCAAACCGAUCGCCACUUCCACCAGGGAAGAGAAGGAGAGGUGGAUCCGCCUGAAAUACGAGCGACGGGCGUUCUUGUCGAGCGAGCCCACCAUCACGGGCGGGGAGGCGUUGCGGGCGGCGGGCGCGCGGGGCGCCGUGGGCGUGCUGGCGCGCUCGCUGGCCGCGCCCGCACCGCGCGCGCCCGCACCCGUGGAGCGCGCACUGGCGUUGCGGGCUGCAGCUGCAGCGGGGCAUUUGGCGGCCGCACAGCUGCUGAUAUGGCACAACGGCAACCCUAACUUCCCAGACGCGGACGGUCACACGUGCGUGUUCUACGCGCGAGCGGCCGCCAACCACCUCUCGGGCAUCCCCACCCAGUACCCCAAAAACCUUCAAAUAACGUGCCCCCUCCACCCGAACCCCCCCACCAGCUCGGGAACAAACUCAACCAGCUCGAGUUCAAGCACAAAGAGCGCCAAGAACCCGGACCCGGAAUGCAAUUGCAUAAUUUUCGAAUUGCUGAACGCUCAGAGCGCAUCCAACGCGCUGGUGGAAAUCCUCAUCGGGUUACAAAAUAACCAAUAUAUGAACAAUGGUUUCGAUUACAACCAAACUUUGGGUCGGCCAUCUUUUGCACCCAAUCUCUCUUUGACAAAUGGCAAAUGCGGGAGCAUUGUGUAAUAUAUUAAGCGUACGAUAACGUACAACUUUUAUUUUAAUUAAUAAUUAUGAAUUUUCUGGUGAUUUGUUAGUAUCUGGUGUAUUGUAUAUUUGUAUUUUGUCUCAUCACUAUGUUUAAAUCAAUGUCAGUCCAUAAAGACUCUGUCGGUAAUUACCAAACAGAUUGUUUUGAGGCCUCCACAAAAAGUAGUGUCUUUCGGAGAGUAAAUGUUUAAAUGUUUUGCAUUUUUUUUUUUUUAA